AAAGUCCCCAACAGAGCUAGAUGUUCCGGCGUCGAAAGACCGGGUCAGUUUUCCUUCGCCGAUGAAGCUUCUCUGGUAAUCUCGUUGUGUUCAGUCAUAUCCGCGGUGAGAGACCGAAAUCUCUUAGUCUGUUCCAUGGUACCGCGAGUGGAUGUCGCGCUGUUUCGGUAUUACUUUGGCUUUCGGCUUUUCUUCUAUCUAGUAGUUGUCCGAAUUCCAGUCUCCGAGAUCUUUACUAUCAUGAAGUGGGAAUACCGCCUCCUCCCACGUCCGACUGAACAACCCCCAAAACUUACAAUCCAAGUUAGAAUACGUAUCUCAAGAAAUCCAAUUGGCUAUGUUCUAGUUACGCCACUAGGGCACGGUGGUUUGAGGUGGUUAUACCUGGAGGCAGGCGUAGAAAGGGCCAACUCGAAGGUCAAUAACCCCUUCGCGUAAGCGUACGGUCGUGUUCAGUCGGACGUGAAAAGAGGCAGUAUAGACGUCGAAGCGACAGGAAGAUCACACAUAUUUGCAUCGCG